AUGCAGUGGCUAACGAAGAAGAAUACCGCAAGGCAUUGGAACAAACGCCUCAAAAUGUAUUCGGCCUCUGCAGAAAACCGUAACUUGCUGCGACGCCUGGCUGACAAGCGAUUCGUGCUGUGCACUGUUGUGCUGAGGAGGGACCAGUAUGUCGUCGACCGAUGCGGGAUGCUUGGUUAUGUACCAAUGAGCCUUCCCCGCGAGAGUGCUGAGAAUAUGUCUUCUAUUAUGGAGGAGCUAGAACGACCUGUGCCUUCUAUCACCUUCGAUGAGGCAGCUGCUGACCCCUGCGUUGCUCACAUUUCCCGGGAACUCCAGGAGAUAGAGGAUUUGCAUGCUUUGGAGCUCUGGCGGACAGCUGAACUGAACAAAUCGGUCACUUCUGAGAUGUUGCUGAGGUCAAUGGUCAAGCUGUUGAUUGGCGGUGCAUACCUGUUGUCACUCACUCUGAAUCGUCGGGAACUCCCUGAGGGAACCACGAGACAGGAGAUAUCUGGCUUAGUUUUGAGCAACCGCAACCUGCUCAUAACUUUCGCCUCUACGCACCUUCAACCAGCAGCCCAGGCAAGUCUCUUCAUUGUUGCAUUUAUUGUGCAGGAGAGGCGUGAAGAGUGCAGAAUUCAUGUUAGGAAGUAUGCACAAGAAAUUGCUCAGACGGCGGGGCGCAUCUUGGACAUUUCACUGGACCCUAGAGUUCAGUGGGACCUUAUCCGGACUCUUAUGGUUGUCCCUUUUUGGCUCUUUGCAUUUGGACGGUACUGCGGGCCGGCUGACAAGAAUGCAAGUUUUGAAUUGGGCUACGGGUUCUGUCCCUUGCACUUGCUGGACGUUUUCAUUAAAGACGCGACGGAUACAUGUAUGGAGCAACAAGGUCUGCAAAAUUGGGCUAAACGGUCUAUCAGCAAGCUGGUUAAGCGUGUUGAAGCGGGGACAUUCCCAGACAAAGCUAAGGAGCAUGCCAAUGUGUUCCUCGAACAGCACCUGCAAGAUUUACCGCAGCUGAGCCCAGACUUGUUCCGGAGGGGAGAACAGGGUAAAAUAUUUAAGGUCCUGGCCCAGCUGCAGUCGUCGGACACGGCUGUGCGUAAUGCCGCGGAGGACCUGCUGAACAAGUCUUCGCUGCAGCAGCUGUUGCCCGCUCUUGCUGCUGCAGCUUCUGCAUCAGAGGAGGACGAGUCGACAACCAUCAGCCAGACAGCCCCUUUUGGGUUCAUCUUGCAAUGGCUUGACGCCCAGCCGGGUCAGGGGGUAUCUUCGGAAGAAGAAUGUCUUUUGUGGCUAUUGGUUGAUCGACUGGCUGACAUCGCUGACCCUGAGGUGUAUGUACCGCGCACGGACCAACUCGUCCAGAAGUUGAACCUCACAUUUCAGCAGCUAGAUGUCAAGAAAUGUGCGGCUGGCGAGGAGGCCCUGGAGACAUUGUUUUAUCGCACGUCUCGGUGGAAAACGGAGACGGCGGAGGCUAAAGAAGCGAAGACGAAGGCGAUAACGGCCUACUGCUCCUUGUGUCCAGUGGUCUUGCAGAUGAUCAGCCGACAGCCAUCUCCUGAGCUCUUGGCCCCUCUUGUCUCUCUGGCUGAAAGGGGCCCCCAAUUCUUCCGCGACCAGCAUGCAGCUCUCCUGGCCGCUGUUAAGAGUAUUCUCGGCAACUCCAGUGUAGAGACAGAGGAGACUCCCCAACACUUGCCGCUCGUAGACGACCUGCUGAUGUUGCUGGCAGACGCAGCGGCGGCUUCACCUAGUGACUGGGAGGACUUGACAACGUGGGAAGCGCAGACGCGAGAGGAGGAAACAGGAGAAGAGACACUACACAGUGUGGCCCUGCAGCUGAUGGCAGAUAUCGCCUCCAUGCUAUGCGGCUCUGCUCAAGAACCAGGGGCUGAUGGGGGCUACGCGGAGGCGGGGACCUCCUCGACCGGGGGCCCGCACGUCCUGUCGAAGCUUAUGAACAUAUUUUCGUUGUUAGUUGAACAAGAGGAUCCCCGAUACUCUUACACCGCCCUUGAAUUGCUGGCCCUGCUGCUGGACGAUGACACAUGCAGGCCUCUCCUAGGGCCCUAUGUAGACAAACUGACGAUGACCUGCAUUGCGGCGUUGAAGGCGGCAGAUGCCCGCUUGCGUUGGCAAGGGUUGAAGUGCUUGGGCUCGAUGGUGGAGAACGAAGAGAAGUGGACGCAGCAGGUGCAGCAACAACACGGAGGACAGCUGCUAUCCCUUCUCUCUGAAAGGAGCGCCGAGGAUCCUUCUGUCCGCUGCCGUAGACAGGCCCUCUUGGCUCUCGCCUCCUUCCUCUCGGGGCUGGCACCUGAGGAGGGGGAGGAUCCGUCUCCCGAGACCCUCGCCUUCGUCGCCCCCCACAUGAAUGGGGUCUUGUCAAAGGCCGUCAUCGCCGGCUGUUCCAGCAAUGAUAUGCAGACUCAAGAAUUUGCAUUGGCUCUCGCUUCUGCAUUGGCAAAGGCAGCAGUCGAGUUUGCUGCUGACCUUGGAUCAGCCGUGGGCAAGGAUGUCUUGAGGCCGGACGCCCCCUGGCUAGUGGACCGCCUCCACAGCCUCCUCCUGGCCUGCGAAGCUGUUCCCGCGGCCUCAGCAGUCUUUAGUUCUAUUAUGGUAUGCCUAGGUGUCGCUGCCCCUGCAUGCGGCCCGGAGCUACUCCAGCAGAUGCAACCGUUGAUGGACAUUGUUAUACGGAAGGCCCAGUUGAGCAUUCAGAUGGGCGUCGCCCAGGAGGUUGGAGGGGCUGCAGGGUCGUUGAAUGCGGGCGCGGAGCUGUCCGAGGAGGGAGGUGUAUCACAGUUCCGUGUUCAGGACAAAUCAGGCAAACAGACAAUCAUAUCGAUAAAUACAGCCGCCGUGGAGGAACGGCUGGCUGCACUGCGGCUGCUUGGGGCUCUUGCUUCGGCUGUAGGGGCCGCUGCUCCGGUUGCGUGGGCAAAAGAUUGGACUGCCGUUGCACUUGAUAGUUGCUCCUCUGAAUUUGCGAUCGUCCGCAGUGCGGCAUUUGAGGUGAGGAUGCCCCUUUCACGGCCGCUUAAACCCAUACAGUUUCGCCCCGGUCGACGCAGUCGAGUUUAG